ACAAUUUAAACCACUGACAAGUUGCCAAAAUAGUGUACCAGUUCUUCAUAUAUAUAUACUAUAAACUUCAUAAAUACAAGCUCCCUAAAUGGUGAUGAAAAAUUUAGCUAGUUGGAGAAGAUGAUAAUCAAUACGUUUAAACGUUUCCUCUUUGCAGUUCUUGUCAGCCUAGCUCUUGCAGCUCUGCAGGCUCAAGCACAGGGACAAUCAGGAUUCAUCAGUUUGGAUUGCGGGUUACAAAACGGUACCAACAGUAGCUACACAGAUCCAACAAGUGGGAUAGUUUACACUUCGGAUGAUGGUUAUGUUGAAACUGGAGUUAUUAGGAGCAUAUCAUCCGAAUACCAGAAGGGCAAAGAACAGCAGCUGUGGCAUGUUAGAAGUUUUCCUGAUGGUGAAAGAAACUGUUACAUGUUCAACCUCACAAAGGGCAACAAAUAUUUGAUCAGGGCAUAUUUCAUGUAUGGCAAUUAUGAUGAGCUUGGAAAUCUUCCGCAGUUUGAUCUCUAUGCAGGGCCUAAUAAAUGGGUAACAAUAACUUUAAAAAAUGCAUCAACUACUCUAAUUAGGGAGCUCAUCCAUGUCCUCCCAACAAGUUAUUUCCAUGUCUGUCUUGUGUAUACUGGAUUUGGGACACCUUUCAUUAAUGCAUUAGAGAUUAGACCUCUAAAAAAUUCCACGUACGUGACUGAAUCGGGAUCGUUGAGUCUCUUCACUCGCCUUGAUGUUGCUUCAUUGACCAAUCAGAAAGUCAGGUACAAAGAUGAUGUUUAUGAUCGUAUAUGGAAUCCGUAUAAUUCAGUCGAUUGGGGACAAUUGAGUACCAAUUUAACCAUUGAUGCUAACAUUAGCAAUAAUUUUCAACCGGCACGGGUUGUCAUGAGCACAGCAACUUACCCAGAAAAUGUUAAUGGCUCUUUGGAUUUUUUCCUGGAUACUGUUGACGCCAGUCCCCAGUUUUAUGCCUACUUGCACUUUGCUGAAGUUGUGCCGCUUCCAGCCACUGAGAUCAGAGAAAUGAACAUUUCUGUAGGUGGGUUGCACUGGUAUGGACCUUUCACGCCUAAUUACUUGUACACAACCACAGUCUACAGCACAUCAGCCUUGACUGGUGGAAAUUUUACCUUUAGCAUUCAAAGAACUGAAAGGGCAACCCAGCCUCCCAUCCUUAACGCCCUUGAAGCAUACUCUGUGGUAUAUUUCUUGCAGUCACAAACAAACCAAAAUGAUUAUGAUGCAAUCACAAAUAUCAAAUCAAUGUAUGGUGUGAAGAGAAACUGGCAAGGGGAUCCAUGUGUUCCUCAAGCUUACUUAUGGGAGGGCCUCAAUUGUAGCUAUGGCAAUGUGUCCAUUCCUCCAAACAUCACAUCCUUGAACUUAUCCUCAAGCGGAUUGACUGGGGAGAUCCCUCGUUCCAUAUCGAAUCUCGGAUCUUUACAAUCCUUGGACUUAUCAAAUAAUAGUUUAAACGGAUCAGUUCCCAAUUUUCUAUCUCAGCUUCCUCUGACAUAUCUAAACUUGAAAGGAAACAACUUCACAGGUCCACUUCCAGUUGCCCUCCUUGAAAGAUCAAAGAAUGGCUCCCUAACAUUAAGUUUUGAUGGUCAAAAUCCAAGCCUUUGUUCUUCUGGUUCGUGCACAAGUAGGAAGAAAAGUGUGGUUGUCCCUGUGGUAGCAUCAGUUGCCGGAUUCAUUUUCCUGAUAGGAGUAGCAUUGGUGAUAUUUUUGUUUCUUAGAAGGAGACAACAAGUUAGGAAGGUGGAGACGGAGACCGACAGUAGAAUUGAGACGUUGGAAUCCAACAAUCGACAGUUCUCAUACUCCGAAAUCCUGAAGAUUACUAACAACUUCCAGAGAAUUCUUGGCAAAGGAGGAUUCGGAACAGUUUACUACGGCCGCUUAUCAGAUGGAACUGAAGUAGCUGUUAAGAUGCUAUCUUCAGAGACAGCUGGGGGGUUUAAGCAGUUUCAAACAGAGGUGAAGCUCCUGAUGAGAGUCCACCAUAGAAAUUUGACAUCCCUUGUUGGAUACUGUGAUGAGGACAACAAAAUGGCUCUAGUUUAUGAAUUCAUGGCCAAUGGAAAUUUACUAGAGCAUCUGUCAGAUGCAGAUGGUACAAGAAAAGUCUUGAGUUGGGAAGAAAGACUUCGAAUGGCAAUGGAAUCAGCACAAGGACUGGAAUAUUUGCAUAAUGGCUGCAAACCACCAAUUGUUCACAGAGAUGUGAAGUCCACAAACAUCCUAUUAAAUGAAAAUUUCCAGGCCAAGCUUGCUGAUUUUGGACUGUCCAAGUCUUUUCCCACUGAAAAUGACACUCAUAUGUCCACAGUAGUGGCUGGCACUCCUGGAUACCUUGACCCUGAGUAUUAUGCGACAGGCAAUUUAACAGAAAAGAGCGAUGUGUAUAGUCUCGGAGUUGUUCUGUUGGAGAUAAUAACUUGCAGGCCAGCGGUUGCGAGAAUCAAUGAGCAUGAAAAGAUUCAUGUGAGAGAUUGGGUGAGUUCAUUUGUGGCGAAAGGUGACAUCAUCAGCAUUGUGGAUCCAAGAUUACAAGGAGAAUUCAGUGCUAAUUCUGUAUGGAAAGCUGUUGAAGUAGCAAUGGCGUGUUUAGCUCCUACUGGUCGUAGAAGGCCCAGCAUGAGUGAAGUUGUCAUGGAGUUGAGCGAGUGUUUAGCUUCUGAGAUGGCUAGGACACACUCAGGCCGUGGUUUGGAUUCAAGUGAGUCGGUUGAUGGGAUGAUGAGCAUGGAUCUUGGUGGUCUAAUAAAUCCCGGAGCAAGGUAAACAUUGGUGUUGAAUGCUCCCAUUUGAAUCCUCUUGCAGCUUUUGUUGAUAAUUGUUUUCAGACUGCUUUUGAUUUUUCAAUGAACAAAAACAUUGAUAUGCUUGUCAUCUAAUUGUAAAAAGGGAUUUACAAUAUUUAGUGAAUAUUUUAUUUGCGAUUUUCCUUAAUUAAUAAAAUCUGUCGUCUAAUGUAUA